UCCUCCGUCUCAGCGUCAACCCUCCCCCAUUGUGUAUAUAAUGCUGGUGCCAUUUGAACACCGUCAUUACUUGCCUCCCUGUCUUGCAAGCCUUAGGUUCUUGAUCGCCAGCAGCUUCCUGCGGUCGGAAACUAGGCUGAAGAUCGGAGCGAACGCUUUAGCCGGCCAUUGGUUGGACGAGGUGCGGUAGAAAAUGGCUUCUCUCGCGUCGUCUUCUUCUGUCACCCGGCUUUGUCGCUCUCAGGUGCACUGUUCUCCAAGAGGUUCCAGCUGUUUCAAAAAUCUUAGAAGGUUGUACCAUAAUUCCUUUGCAGUAAAUCAGAGGACUUCAAAUCUUACAUCAACAGGUUCUAGGAAAGCUGCAUGCUAUGCUUUGAAAACAGAUGGUGAAUUUCCAACUGUUCCAAUUUCUAGUGAGGGUGAAAUGCUGCCAGAUAUUGACCAGGAUAAUGCAAUUGUUACUUCCAUGCUUCAAUCAGAUGCUGUAGCCCUUGGAACAAUUGCUGCUGAUAUGGCUGCAGUUACUGAUGAUUUUUCUAUUGACAAUGGUGAACUUGAUUUAGAUUGCCCUACUGAAGGGUUUUCUUCUAUUUCAGAGGCCAUUGAGGACAUCCGCCAAGGCAAGUUUGUGAUUGUUGUCGAUGAUGAAGACAGAGAAAAUGAGGGAGAUCUUAUAAUGGCUGCACCUUUGGUAAAUCCAGAGGCCAUGGCUUUUAUAGUCAAGCACGGGACAGGAAUUGUUUGUGUGAGCAUGAAAGCAGAAGACCUUGAAAGAUUAGAGCUUCCUCUCAUGGUAUCAAAUAAAGAAAAUGAGGAGAAGCUCUGCACAGCUUUCACUGUCUCAGUGGAUGCAAAAGAAGGUACAACAACUGGUGUAUCUGCUAGUGAUAGGGCAAAGACAGUUAUGAUGCUUGCAUCACCAGAUUCAAAGCCCGAAGACUUCAAUCGCCCUGGUCAUAUUUUUCCAUUAAAAUACAGGGAGGGUGGUGUUUUAAAAAGAGCUGGACAUACAGAAGCAUCAGUUGAUCUGGCUAUGCUGGCUGGAUUACCCCCUGUUGGUGUUCUAUGUGAGAUUGUUGAUGAAGAUGAUGGUUCCAUGGCUCGUCUACCAAAGCUACGUGAAUUUGCCAAGAAAGAGAAUUUAAAGAUAAUCACAAUUGCUGAUUUGAUCAGAUAUAGGAGAAAAAGAGACAAGUUGGUUGAACGUGCUUCUGUUGCACGCUUACCUUUAAAGUGGGGCUCUGUUCAAGCGUACUGCUAUCGGUCACUACUUGAUGGAAUGGAGCAUAUUGCCAUGGUUAAAGGGGAUAUUGGGGAUGGCCAAGAUAUCCUUGUGAGGGUGCAUUCUGAGUGCCUCACUGGCGACAUAUUUGGAUCAGCUAGAUGUGACUGUGGUGAUCAGCUUGCAUUGGCUAUGGAAAUGAUUGAAAGGGCUGGCAGGGGUGUGCUAGUUUACCUUCGUGGACAUGAAGGAAGGGGUAUUGGCCUUGGCCACAAGCUUCGUGCUUACAACCUACAAGAUGAUGGACGGGACACCGUGGAAGCUAAUGAGGAACUAGGAUUGCCUGUAGAUUCACGGGAAUAUGGUAUUGGUGCACAGAUAUUAAGAGAUCUAGGUGUUCGAUCAAUGAAAUUGAUGACGAACAACCCUGCCAAGUAUGGUGGACUCAAAGGUUACGGAUUGAGCAUUGCAGGCAGAGUUCCCUUGCUGACACCAAUCACCAAGGAGAAUAAGAGAUACUUGGAGACAAAAAGAGCAAAAAUGGGACACAUUUAUGGAUCUGCUGAAUUCAAUGGUCAUCUAACUAGUUUCAUCCAAAGAAAUGGAACUGGCAAACAGCAUCAGGCCAUUUGAUGCAGGAGUUGGUAGUGAAUUUUGAGUCACAAGUUCAGGCUCAGGCUCAGGCUCAGGCUCAAACUCAAAUUAUAGUUUGCAACUGUCAUUGAUGAAGCUCACCGAGGCAUCUGCUUCUGAGCUAUUCUUUUAACCUCUCUCUGGCUGUCUGAUGUACUAAAAUGUUUUGUACUUGAGAUUCAAUAAGAAAUUAUUUUGUUUUCUCA